UGUUAAAGACACGUGUCUAUCUCACUGUCUGAAUAAAGUAUAAACGGUAUGAUUCCAGUGGCGGGGAUUUUGCGGUCACCGGUAAUCCUCCUUCCCCGUAACGGAAUUCGCAUCACUACAUCGGAGUUGAUUCAGCCAGCGCCGCCCAUGAAUUCGCCGAAGCGAGUGGUUGUCUGCGGCGGCGGAGCCAUUGGUGUCUGCACCGCUUACUUCCUAGCCAAGAAGGGCGCCGCCGUCACCCUCAUCGAGAAAUCCGAAGUCGCGUGCGCCGCUUCCGGAAAAGCCGGCGGAUUCCUCGCCCUGGACUGGUGCGACGGAGGUCCAGUUGAGCAGCAGGCUCGCGCGAGCUUCAAUCUCCACCGUUCCCUCUCCGACGAGCUAGACGGUCCACAAUCCUACGGUUACAGACCCCUCACCACUCUCAGCCUCACCGUCACCGAAUCCCAAGCCCCCGCCGCCGCUGCCUCCGGCAGCGUCCCCUUGCCGUCUUGGGUCGACGGGCCGGUUUGCGGGAGCAGAACGAUUGGGACUGUUGAAACGACAGCGCAGGUGCAUCCGCGGCUUUUCACUCGCACGCUGAUUGAGAGAGCGGUGGAGAGGCACGGUGUGGAGGUGGUGAUUGGGAAAUUGGAGAGUGUGGUGGUGGAUGGCGGAAGAGUUGGAUCGGUGGUUCUGGAAGGAGGGCGAGUCGUGGAGACUGAUGCGGUGGUGUUGGCAUUGGGCCCUUGGUCUAGUAAGCUGGGCUUGUUGUCUUCACUGUUUAGAGUUUAUGGGCUUAAGGCUGAUAGUAUUGUUUUUGAGCCCAGAGAGCCCAAUGCCAUAACCCCUCACGCACUCUCUCUCAGCUAUUAUCCCUCCAAACGAGGAUCACCUCUUGAGAUUGAAGUGUACCCUCGCCCCAGCCCCACAGAGGAGGUGUAUGUGUGUGUGGUGUCAGCGGAGGAAGAGGUACCAGAUGAUCCAGAUGAGAUUAGGAGUAAGCCUGAGUGGAUUGGGAUGCUGAAGAGGGUGGCUAAGACGGUGUCAAGUCAUUUGGGGGAGGAAGGAGUGAAGGCAGAGCAAGCGUGCUUCUUGCCUUGCACUGAUGAUGGGGUUCCUGUCAUAGGAGAGCUUCCUGGGGUCAGGGGGUGUUAUGUGGCGACAGGACAUAGUUGCUGGGGUAUUCUCAAUGCUCCUGCUACUGGAGCUGCCAUGGCUGAGCUCAUCAUCGAUGGUCAUUCCAGCAUUGUUGAUCUUAGGCGGUUUAGUCCUGCUAGAUUUGUUGUGUCUACCAAGGUUUAGAUAGUGUAACAUUGUACUAUGUAAAAAACGAGAUGUAGAUAUAGAUAUAGGAGGAAUGAUUUGUAAGCAGAGCCAAUUACCAUGAAUUAUGCCACGAAUCUUUUUUAAUGUUGCUUAAAUUACUUCCAUUGCUGUUUUUAAUUGAUGUUGUCUACUGUAGUAAAAAAUUAAACAAUGGAAUAAUUGAUUCUUGAGAGA